UGCCUGGUUCACAGUGGCUGUGUUUAUUCCCUGGAAUUUGGCAGGUUCCUGUGGGAGCUCUGCAUCCGUCUGGAUGUGCAGGGCUUUGCACAGAGGAUGUUCAGCAUCCCUAACUGGAUUUGGGGAUUUGCACGGGGUGGGAACGGAGGCAGAAUUCCACUCGUGGGAUUGGAUCUCCGUGCAGGAGUGAUGGCUCCUCAGCUGCUCCCAGCACCUCCCAGCAGAUUGGGCAGGAAUGCAGCGCCCUGCACUUGGCAGCUCCUGGAAGAGUGUGCCAGGGAUGUGUGGGAGUGCUGGAGCCUUGUCACAGGGCUCACUUCCAUUGUCUGCUCGCUGCCUGCUGCACAAAUCACCUCUCCUCUCUUAUCUUCUCCACCCCGAGUUGUGUGUGCACUUGCAGCUCAAGCUGGCUCAAGGUUUAUUUCAAUCCAUGCUUCCCCACCAAUCCUGUCCUGCCAGUUCAGUUUGGGUUGGGAAAAGCUCAGGAGCAGCCCUGGAGUUGGCACUCGCACUGAACCACUGGGCCACUGCGUUCAGGUUUCAGACAUGCAGAUUGUCACUGCUGCUUAUUAUGUGAGCAAGGACCUAAUUAUGAUUUCACAAUUUGUUUACUGUAUGCUCAGGAGUCAGAAGGUAACAAAAUGCAGUCCCAGCCUGAGGAAUUUGGGCACAGCCUGGAUUCGUUCUUGCCAAAAUCCAUGUGCUUUUCUUUUCCAGAGCUCUCCUGAUCUGAUUGAAAUGCCAGGUUUCAUUUGUGUGUGUGUCCUGGGCAGCAGAUUCCCCCAGCUCCAUAAAAACAGAGGAUGCACAGAAGGAACCUUUUACCUGCCCUUUGCCUUGGCCAUGAUGGGAAACUGCACCUGUGGACUGAGCCUUGUUCUAAAGAUGCCAAAACCUGAAUCCUCCUGGGUGCUCUGCUUUGUUCAGUGCCUUCCUUGGCUCAUUGGGAGCUUUGGAGUUUUGUUCCUUGACAUUUUUGUAUCAUCUUCCUGUUACAGCUAAAGAUUCAGGGUAGGCUUGUUAAUAAAUAGAUCAGAAAUGAAGUGGAUUUUUUUUUUAAAUCACUUUUUUAUUAACCUGCUAAUAAAAUCUUCCUGAACAAUAA